AUGGAUGUCGGUCAUUACUAUAUGUUUUCUGGUCUGUCUCAGUUCGGAAAUUCGAUUUCAUCCGGAGCCCUUCGAAGACACAAUCAUUGGAAAAGGUGUAGACGGAAUCUCGGAAGGGACGACUAUCAUCAAUUUACCUUCAGGCGCAGACGAAAAAUUGAUAACAUCGGAUCUGAUUCACCAAGAAGUUCCUCCGGAGACCGCUUCUCAAUUCAAAAGGUUCCGUCCCAGCCGCAAACCUUCAAGGCCACCUCCACACACGGUGAGACAGAUCUGGUGGGUCGAGACAAUUCACCGAUUUCGGAAGGCCUGGAAGGUGCUAGGAAAAAAAGUUCGAAAGCUCUGGGGAUCUCUACGCAAAGCUUGGGCAAGAGCAGAAAGUCACUGGAAGUCACUGGCCAUGUACAAUACAAAAAUAGUCAUCAGAUAUCAGCCUCAGGCAAAGAUACUCAUCAAAUCUGCAGAACCCAGGACAAUUUACAACUCAUAGGCAAAGCGCAAGAGAAGCUUCAACUUGAAGGCGAAAGGCAGGAAGUGACAGCAUUUGUGCCAACAAGACGGUCUGCGGCGACUACACUCAAGAUUCUAGGGCAUUAUGUCCAGAAUUAUUAUCAUACUGAACAGGAGUAUCGCGAUCCGUUCAUGCGACUAUCAAUCAUUGCUUUUUUCAACAAUAUCCUUAUUACAAAUCAACCUCAAAGGCGUCAAUUCGAGCAACUGAUUGUUAAAGCCCAAUUGCAUACACCAAUCCCCUCAAGCGAAAUGCGAGAUCAACGACUUGCCACCCCGCACGCGGAACUGUCCAUAGAUGCCGAUCAUAACAAGGCUAACAUUGCAGAAGAGGUGUCAACUGGAGAAUCCAAUGAUGAUGCGUCCGUAACACAAACAAAACCAGCAACCGAUAUCGAAAUCAUUUCCAAUCCAGAUCCUGCUCUGACACGCUCAGAGAAACUUGAAUUUCUCAAUAGUGACAGGAAAAAUCCUUUGGAAGAGAUUGUGGAAGAGGAAGAGCCGAGGGUCGAGGGCGCAAAAGAAUCUUCUGAUAGCGAGAACUCGGCAUCGAUCACAGUUUUCAAGAAAACGUUCCCUUCAUGGUUUCCUAUGAGUAGAAUUGAAGGACGCCGUGGUGCAAAACAGCAUCACCAAAACAUCAACUAUGAUAAGAUGUUACACCUUAAAAAGCCCACCAAAGCAGGUUUACUUUCAGACGACAUCGCUCACAGACUCCCAAUAUCGAUAAACAAGGAGCAUAGCGAAUCAACGGGUUCCGCCAAGAUAUUGGAUCCAGUCGAAGUCUCAGAGAUUGUAGAAGAAUUGAAGCGCUCCAAAGCGGAAGCUACUAACUAUAUUAUAAAUCAGCUGGAAUCCAGGAAAAGUGCAUAUAGCAUAUCGAAGUUUAUAGGACCUUAUAAGAUUAAGAGGAUCGAAUCAAGUAUAGCGCAACAGAUUCAAGCUGUGGAUGUGAUCUAUUGGUUAGCUUAUCGUGGGGAGCCAGAGGCGCAGAAAGUACUCGAAUCUAAAUUGGCCAGCGGAGGGCUCGAAGAAUCGGUAGAAACACGAAUCAAACAGGCACUCGAGCUACUCGCAGAGAACAAUAAAAUUAGGCAGUCGUUGUUAUCCGAUUUUGCCGAUGCAGGGCCACCAAUUUCUACAAAAGAUCAAUUGAUCAAUCGAUUAGUCACCCGGAUCAAUCGAGGGUUUUCACUAUCUGCUGCCUUUGGUCAGGCUCUUGAUGUAGGGAAGAGCCUGACUGUGCAAGGUUUGUGUAGAUUAUUUGCUCCAGCGACCAAUCGAAUUUGCCGAACUGUUUCCACCGAACUAUCGAGAAAGCUAGGAGUGGAUCCCUUCCGACGUUCAUCUACUUUCUCCACAGGAAUGAAGUCGCUGCACCUUUAUGAUUUCGCUCCAUUUCCCGGCGAAGGCACUCGUAGAACACCAACCUCGACAUGA